AUGCCUGCUCCCAACCUCCAUAACGCCCUCCUACGUCCCCCUCUCAUCCAGAUCCUACGUGCAGCGGGCUUCCACGCGACCUGUCCUUCGGUCCUUGACACAGUAACCGACCUCGCAGCACGGUAUUUGUUACUUCUCGCUUCCUCCACCGCUGCCCAUGCAGCGAACGCACAUCCCGACGACCCAGUUCCGGUGCUAGAAGACUUCUAUCAGGCAUUGCAAGACGCAGGCGCCUUGCGUCCUCAGUUAAGGGGCUGGGAGGAGGAUUGGGCUGGCGAAGAGGAUCUACGGGGAUUAGACGGCUUUCUCAGCUGGUUCACUGGCCCCGCGCAUCGGGAGAUUCGCCGUAUUGCCGGAUUCAUACCUAGCGAAGGCGACAUGAUGGACCCAGACGCACUCGAGAAGGAAGACUACCUGACAUCAUUGAAGAAGAAGCAUAGCAAGACGGGCGAGGAGUCGCGAUACGCUGGUACUGUUCUUGGGAAGAGUGCGGAUGAGCAUCCUAUCGUCAUCGAGGGUGGAGCGCCUAGUAUCCAGGAAUGGGGGAUGCAGACACGAUCUCGAGGAGCAUAUUCGCCUACGAGUGAUUCGUCGGCUGUUAGUAGCGCGCCUAGCAACUUAUCCGAUCCCGAAGCGAUGGAGGUAUGA